AUGUCUGAGUACCUAGGCACUUGGGAACACGUCUAUCUAUCACGUGCCACCGUUGAAUAUUCAUCCAAUCUUGAAGAUCGUAGAUGUCAGUUGUUGGUCAAACAUACCGUCGGUCAAUGUGUUUUCCUUCCUAUUGGACUCGCAAACCCGUAUUCGGAAAGGCUGCAGGCAAGGGGAGCGGGUGGAGAACCUAAAAUGUCCGAAUUUUUGUAUCUCAGACCGUUUGAUAGGUCUCCAUUUUGA